AAAACAUCGAACAGCUUCAAACACUUUUCCCAACAAAAAAAUAAUUCGUCUCGGUCCUCCGUUCUGAACUCUCUGACUUCUCAUUUCAGUCUAUCCUGAAUCUCCAGCCUACGCUCCAAACCGGCGGCAAAGGGAAGGGGGCAAGCUUUUCAUUUCCAGCGCGUGCCUGAAUCAACUCGAGCAAUUAUUCUCAUCUAGUUUGUCCUUUUAAAAUGAUCCGAUUCAUACUGCUCCAGAACCGACAAGGAAAGACGCGAUUGGCCAAGUAUUACAUUCCUCUUGAGGAAUCUGAGAAGCACAAAGUCGAAUACGAGGUUCACAGAUUGGUUGUGAACAGAGAUCCCAAAUUCACCAACUUUGUCGAGUUCCGAACAUACAAAGUUAUCUACCGGCGAUAUGCGGGAUUGUUUUUCUCGCUGUGUGUUGAUAUAACAGACAAUGAGUUGGCUUACUUGGAGUGCAUCCACUUAUUUGUGGAAAUAUUGGAUCAUUUCUUCAGCAACGUGUGUGAGCUAGAUUUGGUUUUCAACUUUCACAAGGUAUAUCUGAUUCUCGACGAGUUCAUUCUUGCUGGGGAGCUCCAAGAAACCAGUAAAAAGGCCAUUAUAGAGAGAAUGGGAGAAUUGGAAAAGCAGGAGUGAAGGUGUUAGAUGGCACUUGGCCCUGUUUUCAAUUUUUACCUUGCAGUAAAACUUAUGGUGGCUCCGGAUCGAAGUGAAACUGGUGGCUCAGUUUUCUUGUUCGGUUGGAACCAGUAUCCGGGGUUGCUAUGAGAAUGUGUUUAUCUGGACAGACUUUAGUUCCAGAGAAUCCAGACCAAAUAAGAAUGGUUAUGUGGGAACACCAAUUUGACUUCCAUUCACAGACUAAGAUGAUUUAGUUUGGAGAACUAAUUAAUAUGUAAAAUUUCAAAAUCCAAUACCAAAAAUAGUUGCUCUUAUUUGGUAUGGAAUCAUAUCAAUCUACUUUGCUAUCUUCAAAUAACAAUAACUGUAAGUUAAAUUGUUUCAAAGCAGUUACACUUUAAAACUCUGUGAAGGUCAAAACAACUCAAAUAAUGAAUAUUGAGGCACAAAUUGAUUUGAUGGA